CGGAGUUUCUAUCGGAGUUUUUCCGGAUAAAAGCAGCUGUGUUUUAGUAAAAAAUGUCUGCGGUCCAAACACCGAAAUCUUUAGUCAACCAUCAACAAACGUCAGUAGCCGGAAAGAAAAUUAACCUGAUAAAAACACAGAGAAAAGAGGAGGAGGUGACACAACAGACACUGGAGGAUGGUCUAACGCUUCAGCUUCGAUUACACAGAGCAGACAACCAACAGCUGCUGGUGAUUAAAGAGGAGCAGCAGGAGUGGAGCUCCAGUCUGGACCAGGAGGACUCUGGGCUCCCACACAUCAAAGAGGAACAGGAGGAAUCGUGGAGCAGUCAGGAUGAGGAGCAGCUUGAAGGACAGGAGGCGGCUGACAUCACCAUGUUCCCCUUCAAAAUUGUCAUUGUUAAGAGUGAAGAUGAACAAGAGAAACCUCUGUCCUCACAGCUUCAUGAAAGACAGAGUGAACAGAUGGAAACAGGAGCUGAUGGAGAGGACUGUGGAGGAGCAGAACCAGCCAGUAACUCAGAUCCAGAGAGACAUUUACAACCAGAGAUUGUAGUGAAGACUGAAGGCUCCUCUGGAGAUGAUACUGACGAUGGUAAUGGGUGUAUGGAGACCAGUGAACAUCAGCUGCACUUGAACUCUUUGGAAAACAUGAAAGAUUAUGAUGCUGAUAACAAAUCACAUAGCUGCUUUGAGUGUGGUAAAGCAUUCAAACGUAGACGUGAUCUGACCAUACAUCUGAGAAUUCAUACAGGAGAGAAACCCUUCAGCUGCUCUGAGUGCAGCAGACAAUUUAGACACAAAGCAAGUCUAGCCACGCACAUGUUAAUUCACCAAGGAGAGAAACCCUUUGGCUGCUCUGAGUGUGAUAAAAGUUUUUACCUGAAACAUCAGCUGAACUCACACAUGACAAUUCACAGAGGAGAGAAACCCUUCUGCUGCUCUGAGUGCGGUAUGAGAUUUAAUCAAAAGUCAGCACUAAAUAGACACAUGUUAAAUCACAAUGAAGAGAAACCUUUUAGCUGCCCUGAGUGCAGCAACAGUUUUAAACAUAAAGGUAGUCUUAUCAAUCACAUGUUGAUUCACAAAGGAGCAAAACCCUUCAGCUGCCCUGAGUGUGAUAAAACAUUUCUCCGUAAAGCACAUCUGACCAGACACAUGUUAGUCCACACUGAGGAUAAACCCUUCAGCUGCUCUGAGUGUGGUAAAAGAUUCACCUUGAAAGCGAACCUUGCCACACAUAUGUCGCUGCACAGAGGGGAGAAACCCUUCAGCUGCCCUUUUUGCUCUAAAGUGUUCAACCGAAAAGAGCAGAUGAACUUGCAUAUUAUGAUUCACACUGGAGAGAAACCUUUCAGCUGCUCCGAGUGUGAUAAAAGAUUUAAUGCCAAAGGAAGUCUGGCCAGGCACAUGUUAGUUCACACAGGAGAAAAACCCUUCAGCUGCUCUGAGUGUGGUGAACAAUUUAGUCUCAAAUCUACUCUGACAAGUCACAUGACAGCUCACAAAGAUGAAAAACCUUAGAGCAGCAGGGUUUGUGACUCUUUUGGAAUAUGAGAUUAAAGCAAGAGUGUUUGCUGUCAGGCAUCAGAGCUUUAUCAGCACCAAAGAGGUCGCUGAGACACGAGGAAGAUGCAUUGAAUGCACAGUAUCAUCAAACAUAAGCGCAGCAUUUGUGUCAACAGAUAAUUUUAGUAUGCAUUGUUUUAUACUGAGAGUUGAAGUUUAUUGUCUUCAUACCUUUUGUGAGGUGGAGGAGACGGUGAAGUUAUGAAAAUAAUGCCCUGCCAUGGUGGCAGUCUUGUUUGUGCCUCUUUGCUGCAUUGUGGGGAUUUCUUUUGUGUAUAUAUGUACAUAUAUAUAUCCUGCUCCCCUAGCUACACAGUAAAUAAUCUGAUUAAGCUUUUCUUUAUUAUCUUUUUGUUUAAUUUUAUAAACAUACUCUGACCCUUUUUACUUGCAGCCGACUUUCCCUCAUGAUUAGGCAUUAAAAAUAUGGACACUAAGAAGACAGUUAAUAAGGCGCAGAGUGUGUCACUGCAGAAAAUUUUAGUAUGCAUCAGGACUGUGGAAAUAGUCCACACAACUAACAAUUUACCUGUUUUAAUUCUUUCACUUUCUCUGAAAAAAUGAUUGUAAG